AUGUCGCGACUCAAGGCCUCAGGCCGAUUGAUCAAAUGGGCUGUUGAAUUGGGACAGUAUGACGUUGACUAUCAGCCCAGGACUGCACAGAAAGCACAGGCACUGGCAGACUUUGUGACGGAGCUAUCUCGCGACCUGAAAUCACCUCUAGCUACUGAAGAGCAGGGCUCGAAAUGGAUGUUGCAUGUGCAUGGUUCCUCAAAUGCCAACAAUGGAGGAGCGGGCAUAUUGAUUCAAGGGCCCAACGGAGUAGAGAUCGAGGUGGCAGCUCGCUUGUCUUUUCCUUUAACCAAUAAUGAGGCAAAAUAUGAAGCACUCAUCUUGGAAUUAGAACUUGCAUAUGAAGUAGGGGCCAGAGACCUGGAGGUUUUCACAGAUUCCCAAUUAAUUGCAUUGCAAAUUGAAGGAACGUACGAAACUAGGGAAAGGAUGAUGACAUCUUACAAGGAGAUCGUACAAAAAUUAAUGAGCAAAUUUGACAAAUGUUCUAUUUUACAGGUGCCUAGAACAGAAAACGACAAAGCGGAUGCCUUAUCCAAAUUUGGGGCCACAAUGGAUGGGAUUAGAGAUUGCAGAAUAACAGUGUUGGUGCGUGAGCGAUCAGCCCUAGCGAGCAGAAUGGAGGUGCAAGUAAUCUCCGAAGUCGGGUCGUGGAAGGAUGAAAUCAUUAAAUACUUGGUGAACAACAUCUUGCCUACCGAUCCCGUCGCGGCGAAAAGAGUGAAAUUUCGAGCUACACGAUUCACUAUGUUUUCGGGGCAACUGUACAAGCGAACACUGGAUGGGUCUCUCCUAAAAUGCUUAGACGAGGAGAGAGCCUUGUACGUGAUGCGCGAAAUCCACGAAGGGAGCUGUGGGAACCAUUCAGGUGCGAGAUCGCUGGCUCAGGAGAUCAUACGACAGGGGUAUUUCUGGCCCACAUUGGUCAAAGAUUCCAAGGAGCUGGUGAAGAAGUGCGAAAGCUGCCAGAAAUAUGCAUCCCUGAUACAACAACCAACAACCUCAAUGGAGCCGAUCAAAAUAGCUUGUCCGUUCGACCAGUGGGUAAUAGACAUCGUGGGACCUUUCCCCCCUGCACAAGCUCAAAAGAAAUUCAUCAUUGUAGCGGUUGAAUACUUCUCCAAGUGGGUCCAAGCGGAGGCCGUGGCCAAGAUAUCCGAGAGAGAAGUCAUUAACUUUAUUUGGAAGAACAUCAUCUGCAGGUUCGGAAUACCCAGAAUUCUAAUUUCUGAUAAUGGCACCUAA